AUGACCAAUCUAUCCCCGGAAAUAGGGUUUGCAUUGGUUCAGAAUGAUGAGGAGGUAUCUUAUGAAACUCGUAUCGUAAAAGAGCCAGAGAACUUGAACACAUGGUUGGACUUCUAUCGCUGCAAGGUCAGGGAAUACAACACCACCAAGGAUGAAGUAAGCAAACAAAAUAAUAUCUUAUAUCAACUAUUCAUUUUGAAAAGAGGUUGUGGGUACUUAAAGAGGUCUUAUAAACUAUUUGUGCUAUACGUUAAUCUACGAAUUGAUUUGAUCAAAGAUUUAAACCCGUUAAAAUACAAAUCGCAUUUUAAAGCAGUGAAUGGAGUAUUUGACCAAGGGUUGGUAAACCUUCAUAAAUUCCCGGUGAUAUGGCAGAAAUACUUAAAAUUCUUGAUAGAUCAUCAAUUAUAUGAUUUAGCGCUCAUAAGAAAAACAUUUAAUGCUGCGUUGCGGUCACUACCUUUAACCCAACAUGAGGCCAUUUGGGAUUUGUAUAUUGGGUUUGCUGAUAAAUUGAUUAAGAACUUUUCGGAGGCAAACCAUGAAGUUUCCGUGAUUGUGUCCCGGAUUUAUUUGAAGUAUCUUGAGAUUCAUCCCGAUUAUUUGGAAGAGAUCAUUGAUAAGCUAAUAGGUCUUGGUAACUACAGUGCUGCAAUCAGACUUUUUGAGAAUCAUGUUUUGAGUGAUCUGAAAUUUGUUUCUAGUCAGGGGAAGUCUUCACUUGAUGUACAUUUAGAAUACUCUAGUUGUAUUUCUGGUCACGUCAAACAAAUCAUGUCAACAUCGCAAAGAAAUGAUCAUCAAGUCCAGCAGAAUCUUUUGAAAUAUGAUAAGAAAAUGGAAAAUUUUUUGUCGAACUUGAUUGGCACCUAUCCAGAUCAAUUGGGGCUAAUUGUGGUGAAAUUAGCGAAAUACUUUAUUAUUAGGAAAAACUUCAUUAAAACUGACGAUGUAUUUGCUAAGUAUUUGAAAAAUUGUUUGACUAUUAAAGACUUCAAGUUAAUCUAUGAUAGUUAUUUAGAAUUCAAAGAAAACCUCAUCAAGAACUAUUUAGAGAAGAUUAGUGUUAAAGAAGAAUUACUUGCUAAAUCCCCAGAAGAUGAAUCAUUACAGCAAAGUCUUGGUCAAUUAAAUUCUCUGUUAGAUAUUAAUAUGGAAGUAUUUGAGAAAUUGAUUAGUGAUAGAAAACAUUACAUUUGUGAUAUAUUGUUGCGGCAGGAUAUUAAUAAUUGUGCUAUUUGGUUGCAAAAAAUCGAUUUAUUUGACAGGGAGGGUCAAAUUCAGGAUCAAUUGAACUGCUUUGUUGACGCCAUCAAGAAAAUUAAGCCCUCUAAGGCACACUUUGAUGAGUUUUACAAAGAUGGUGAUGAUAAUGAAACCGGUGAUGGUGAUGCAAGUAUGCAAAAUGAAAUUGAAAAGAAAGAAUCUGAGAAUUUGAACCAAAAAAUGGGCAAAACAUCGGGUUUAGAAAAAAUCUGGAUCAAGUAUGCGGGGACUUAUGAAACUAACAAUGACAUUCUCACUGCAAGAAGAAUCUACUCCAGCGCAAUUAAGGUUCCUUUUAUCAAUGCCAAUGAUUUAGUUGAUAUUUAUUUUGCGUGGGCUGAAAUGGAAAUCAACAGCGCAGAUGAUGAUGAUGAAGGCCUCGAGCGAGCCAUCAAAGUAUUGGAAAGUGCCAUCACCGCUCCUGAUUUUAAACAAUUGGGAAUUCCUGAAGACAAGGUCAAUUUCUUUAAUGAAGAUUUGGUAGCCCAGCAUAAAGUUCAUAAAUCAAUUAAGUUGUGGUCAUUUUAUUUGGACUUGGUGGAAUCAACUGAUGAUCUUGAUAGAAUCCGCCGGGCAUAUGAAUGGAUCUUAAAAUUGAAGAUCUUGACACCACUUAUCCUCAUUAACUACAUCAAUUUCCUUGAAAGUCGUGAAAUGUUCAAUGAAAGCUUCCAAGUUUUCGAAGUGGGUUUGGAAAAAUUCAAUUACUACCCAAUCAAAUUUGAGAUUUCCAGCUUGUACAUUCUGAAACUAGUUUCUCACUACAAUAAAAUUCAAUCGAAUGAUUUGUAUUCUCGAAAGAAAUUCCAGUACAAGGAAAGAAUUAGAGACUUAUUCGAACAGUCACUAAAUGAUUGCCCCUCCAACCUUUGCAAGAAAUUAUACUUGCAAUAUGCCAAUUUUGAAAAAUCAGAAGGUGCCAAAUCUAUUGCAUUAACAAUUUAUAAAAAAUGUAUUAAACACUUGCAUCUUAAUUCUGAUGAGCCAGUUCCUGCUAAUUAUUUUUCCAGCACUUCAGUGUCGGGUCUUGAAUCCGCAAAACUUUUGGAAAAUUACAAACAAAUAUCAGAAGUAUACGAUAUUCUCGUAUCUGAAACUUCGAAAUUUAACGGUCUUGAAUCUGCUAGACCGGUAUUUGAAACAAUAAUGAAGGAUGAGGUCAAUUUUCCAAGUUUCGAGUUGUUACGAUUUGUGAUUGAAUUCAAAAAUUUGGAAGUUGAAUUGAAAGAAAUUGAUAGAGCAAGGGCGAUCUUCAAAUUUGGGGUGGCAUUCAUUAACUAUAAUAUCAGUCAUCCAGAAUAUAAGAAGGCCAAUUUACAAGCCAUUGAUAAAUUUUGGAAAGAUUGGGCAGAAUUUGAGUUGAACUAUGGUAACCAAGACACAUACGCUGAUAUGCUAAGAACCAAACGUGAUGUACAAGCAAAAUAA